CGACGUGCUGACGCUGGGAACACGUCUGUCCCGGAAGUGAUGUUAGGCAGGGUGUCUGUGGCUGCCAGCUGCUGGGAAAGGCCUGGGGCUGAACGGUUUUAUCGGGAGUCACGCGGGUUAAAGAAGACACAAUGAAUGCAAUAACCUAGCACCUCACCCCCUUGAGGGAAACAAUAAGAUGGAGAAGCAAAUACAAGGUGGCAUUGAAAAGAGUGCCUCUUCACAACAUUGCAAUGAAGGCAUGGAAGAAAGGAAUGGUACAUAUUUCUCUGUGCCAGGAAAUUGUCAUUCUGCAAAACACAAUUUGAAAGCCAGUUCAGAACAAAAUGGCACAGAACUGACCACAGGGAGAUUUGGUAAUCACACCUUUUUUGUGCCGAAGCACACAGACUUCCCGAAUUUAAACAUUGGCGAGGAACAGCAAACACACGAGCACUUUGUGAAGGAAGAUGAUGGAUGGACUAAGGAAUUUCUUUCAGAAGAGAGACUUGAAAAUGUUUUAGCAUCUGAGUUAAAUGAUAGGUUUGAAUGCCAACUAAUGCCAGAGACUACACAGUGUACUCACAGUGAGUCACUACCACCCUUUAAACUUGAAUGUGGAUGUGUCACUGAUAAUACAGGUUCAUCUGGUGGCACUUACUCUGACAUUGCUGACCACUCUUGUAGGAGAGGUUGUCAUCCAUUUUCUUCAUAUCAGCAACGUCCAUUGGAUGGGGAAGGGGUUGAAGAUGGAGUGCUUGGGAAGCAAAUGGAAGCUGAUGAGGAUUCUUUCAAGGUAGCAGGUGGAAGGAGGGGAGCUCGUAAAGGGAGAACACGUGUUAAUCUCAAAAAAGACUCUAGAAGGGAUGGCCGGCAACAUACAUUCUCUGGUAGCAAGCACAAGCUAGGUCGAAAGAAAAGCCAUGGUGAUGGGAGGUCUACUCUGAAAUCCAUAAUUCCUCAGCCCUUAAUUCUGCUUUCAACUACCUGUGUCCAGUUACUUAUUGAUUUGGUGCUCCUGAUUAGGAAGUAUGUAGAGAUGUUUGGCACGCGACUAUAUACUUCAGUAUUGCUGCCAGCUAGUGACCUAGGCCUUUUGAAAAGCCAGCUGCAAACAUUUGGGGUGUGGGCACGCCAUCGUGUAAAGGACUCUUGGCAUAUGAUUUGCUCAUUUGGAUUAUGGCUUUUGCGUGUUCUGAAAAUGCUAUGUGCUCUACUCUUCCUGCUUUUAAUGCUUGCUGUGGGUUGUGCCAGACUUUGUUGGCAAUACAUUAAGAGAGCUGCUGAACGAGUAGGAGGACAAAACAACUGUGCAUCUUAUAUCUCCGUAAGAUUACGCAGGAUUUGGGCCUUAAUAACACAAAACAGGACCUUUAACCGUUUAGUUAGUCCUCUCAGGAAAUUGAAAUCAAGAUUAUGGAGGUUAAGGGCGGAAAAAGAAACAUCAUGGGCCACAGCAGGAUCUCCAACCACAGGUCGGUAUCAGCCUGGGGAGGAAGUGGAACGUCUGUUAACAAUGGCGGACAUUCCAGAGGAGGAGUUAAACCCAUUUCAGGUGUUGGGUGUAGAAAUUAAUGCUUCUGAAACCGAGCUUAAAAAGGCAUAUCGGCAGCUGGCUGUUUUGGUCCACCCAGACAAAAAUAAUCAUCCUCGUGCAGAAGAAGCUUUCAAGAUAUUGCGUGCUGCAUGGGACACAGUAAGCAAUCCUGAGAAACGCAGAGAGUAUGAAAUGAAGCGAAUGUCAGAAACAGAGCUGGCUAAGUCCAUGAAUGAGUUCCUUACCAAGCUGCAGGAUGACCUAAAGGAAGCUAUGAAUAGCAUGAUGUGCAGCAAAUGUCAGGGGAAACACAGGAGAUUUGAAAUGGAUCGGGAUCCUACAAAUGCACGUUAUUGUGCAGAGUGUGGGAAGAUGCAUUCUGCUGAAGAGGGCGACUUUUGGGCUGAAUCCAGUAUGCUUGGACUGAAAAUAACCUAUUUUGCCAUGAUGCAAGGAAAGGUCUUUGACAUAACUGAAUGGGCCGGAUGUCAGCGGGUGGGUAUUUCUCCUGACACUCACCGUGUUCCAUAUCACAUCUCGUUUGGCUCAAGGAAUCAGACAACUACAGGACGACAAAGAGCUCCAUCAGAAAACGGUCCAUCUUCUGUUGCUGAUCUUCAAAACCUCUUGAGCAGAAUAUUCCAAGGAUCUCCGGGUCAAAUGCCUAAUAGGAAUGUUUUCAAUACCCCACAGGGAGCUCAAUCUCCGUCAGGACCAGUUAAACCAGACAGUGCUCCAAGAAGUGACACAAAGGCCAAGCGGAAAAAGAAAGUUAGACGUCCUCUUCAAAAAUGAACCAGAACAUCGACGUAUAACCAUUUGCGUACCAGAUAGGUGCAUUACGUUUGACCUACAUAGACUGGGUUAAAAUGUUUGCCCACGAAAGCUAAAGUUGGAUGGCCAUGACCUCUCUACUUUGAUUAACCAAUACUGCAGAUGUCCCCAUGUCCCUGACCAUCCUGGACUGUAUUCAAUUUGGCCUGAGCCAAGCUGCCAAGGGCUUAAAACAAAUUUCAAGUCGGUUGUCUUCUUUGUAUUUUUACUUUCCUGGAUGCCUAGAUUUGGGACACCUUGUUUCAACCCCAUGUAUAAUAAUUUAAUGGGGUUUUUUACUGACUGCAACGAUUUCCUUUUGUUUUCUUCCUCUAAAAGUGAAUAUGUCUUCUCAUCAUACCAAAGAUACCUGGUGUACACAACUUUCUGGGUAUAGGACAAAUACUUCUGUGCAUGUAAUUUGUGAGACCAGGUUAUUGCAGGCAGGGAAUGGAUACAUCCUUGAAUGUAUUAAUUACUUGUACAUAAACACAGGAAUCUUUUUUUUGUUAACAA